AUGAUCCCCAAAGAAGAAGUUGAGCGGCCGCAGAAAAAAACGAAGCUUCCGUCGUUACCAUGUGAGACGUCGUUGUUCUUGCAACUUCCCGACGAGAUCCUGGUGAACUGCUUGGCACGUCUCUCUAAAUCGUCUUACCGUUCACUCUCCCUCGUCUGCAAAACCUUUCGUUCUCUCCUCCACUCUCAACCCCUCUACUCCGCGCGAUAUCAACUCGGAACCACGGAGAUCUGCUGCCUUUAUCUCUGUCUACGGUUUGUUACCGCUACGGAACCAGUCUCACGCUGGUUUACUCUCAGUAGGAGAAGUGGAAGUGUUUUGGUUCCUUCUGAUCAUUCUCUCCCAUAUUCAAAUUCAACCGUAACGAUGGGUUCGAAAAUAUAUGGUGAACAUAUGGGUGACGCUUUUGGUCCGUCUUCAGCUAUAUGGAUAUAUGACUGUUUUACUCGCUCGUGGGGCGAUGUCCCCAACAUGAAGAUGAAGAGGGAAAACGCCUCCGCAUGUGUUUUGGAUGACAAGAUUUAUGUAAUGGGAGGAUGUGACUCUGGGGGCAUCAAUUGGUUCGAAAUGUUCGAUGUAAAGACUCAGUGUUGGAGACCUCUACCGGCGAAUCCUGACGUUAAGGUGAUGACGGAAGAUAAUGUUCGAAAAAUCGAUGUGGUGGGAGGAAAGAUUUACGUAAAGACUGGGGCUGAGUUUAUGGAUUGGAUUUAUGAUGUGAAGCGAGGUAAGUGGAGUGCUGCAGAUGAGUAUAUGAGUUUACUAUGGUCGAACUCUUGGUGCGUGAUAGAGAAUGUGAUGUAUUGUUACUCUUGCUCUAGAUAUAGGUGGUAUGAUUUAGAGGCUAGAAUGUGGAGAGAAGUGAAAGGUUUGAAAUAUUUGAAAAGAUACAGUAGUGCUAGUAAUGAUAAUCGUAAUCGUAUGGUUGAAUUAGUUAACUUUGGUGGGAAACUUGCUAUUCUUUGGGAUAGGUUCGAGCGGCCUGGUCGUAGUGAGAACAAGAAUAUUUGGUGUGCGAUGGUUGCGCUCAACAGAGACUUUGAAGGUGAAAUUUGGGGGACGGUUGAGUGGCUUAAUGUUGUUCUUACAGUCCCCAAGUCAUAUAAUUUCUUGCGUCCUAUAGCCGUUUCGGUUUGAUGAUCUCUUAGUCACCUUGUAGAGUCAUCCUUUUGCUUUUACCAAACUUAAAUGCUUUGUCUUGUGUUUGUUGUGAGUCUUUUUUUCUUUUUUCUUUCUACAAUUUGUUGUGAG